AUGACUAAAGAGAAACCUGUCAAGUCAAAGACAAAACUUGUCUUAUACUCGGGACACAGCAUCAAGGUGAUUGGGAAAAACACCGUGCCGCUUGAACACAAAGGGAAGUUCUAUCCUGUGGAAUUGCCGAGAAGAGUGAUGUUGUUCCCGUUCUCGGUUUACAGACAUGCCUUGAAUUUAAUCUUAUUAAACGAGUAUUCACUGUAAACGAUACAUCAUCUGAUGAGACAGGUACUUCAAAACUGUCAACACAGCAGACCAGUGAAGAAAUAAUUAAAGAAUACAAUGAUGUUUUCAGGGAUUAGGGUGCCUGGAAGGCGAAUAUCACAUCAAAACGAAUCCAAACGUUACGCCAGUUGUCCACGCGCCAAGGAAAGUUCCGUAUGCGCUCCGUGAUAAACUGAAAACUGAACUCGAUCGAAUGGAAAAUCUCGGGGUGAUUGAAAAGGUUGUUGAACCGACAGAAUGGGUCAAUUCAUUGGUUGUGGUUGAGAAGAACAAUGGGAAAGUACGAGUGUGCCUCGAUCCAAGACUGGCAAGAGAUUUAAACAAAGCUGUUCUGAGAGAACACUAUCCCAUGAAGACAAUCGAGGAAGUUGCUGCAGAGUUGAAUGGAGCGAAGGUGUUUAGCACAAUUGACGCAUCGUCAGGAUUCUGGCAGGUUAAAUUAGAUGCAGAAAGUUCAAAACUUUCAACUCACCAUUUGGAAGAUAUAAGUUUUUAA